AUGGUUAGUCGAGGAAUUUCUGCAGAUGUAACUACUUAUAAUUCUAUGAUUCAUGGUCAUUGCCUACAUGGUCAACAGGAAGAAGCAAGAAGAUAUUUUGAUGAAAUGAUGGAUCAUGGGAUUUCACCCGAUGUGGUAAAUUUUAGUAUAUUAAUAGAUUCACCCGUCUGGUACUGCAAGAAUCGUAAGUUGGGUGGAGCUAUGCAGCUAUUUAAGAAAAUGAAACAAAAUGGAUUGAAACCCACAACCAUUACUUACAAUAUGUUAUUACGUGCACUACUCCAAGAUGGAAGAGUUAGGGCUGCAAAGAAUUUGUUUAAUGAGAUGGAAACUUCUGGUCUAUUCCUGAAUAUUGUCACAUACGGCACUAUGUUGGAUGGAUACUGCAAGAAUGGAAAAAUGGACGAAGCAAUAGCAUUGUUUGAAUCCAUGGAAGAUACCGGUGUCUCUGCUAAUGAAUAUAUAUAUAGUAUUCUUAUCCAUGGCCUGUUCCGAACUGGCAGUAUGUCAUUAGAAGCUGAAAAACUAAUCACUGAAAUGGAAGAGAAGGGUUGUUUACCAACUGGUCGAGCAUACGAUAUUAUCAUUCGGGGCUUUCUUAUGGCAAAGGAGAACUACAAGGCAUUACAUUUUCUACGGAAGAUGCGUGUACAGGAAUUUGUACCGAGUGAUUCUGUAAUUUUCUUUUUAGUGAACACUCUUUCGGCAGAUGAGCUAAAAGAUCUGUAG